AUGCCGCCCAGGAUCAACAAACGCGAAUACCGAGGACUCGCUUGCCAUCGAUGUCACAGACAGAAAGUCAAAUCCGAUGGAGGAUUGCGCCUGUCCAAGCUGCAACGUGACAUAGAAGAAUCUCACAUAAAAUCACAGAGAAACCCUGCCGGAACUGUGCCUUGUCAAAUUGGCAAUAAGGCGACAGUUACAGAGAGCUAUCUUAAGAAGCUCGAGGGUGGUGGAUUGCUUGCUGCAGAAACAUCGGGGAGGUCUUCGAGGCGUAUUCCUUCCGACACCGUGGAUAGCCCCAGAAAACAGCCCAUCCAGCAUUCUGACCCCAACUUUGGCCGUCGCUCCAUGGAGCUUUUAGGCGAAAACUCAACUGCAGAACACUUUGUGUCCAAGUUGAAGGAAAUUCAGGACUUGAAGACCUUCCUGUGCGGCCAGGGCACACGGUUAGACAGUCUCAGCAUUAUAUAG